AUGUCUGGUCGUCAAGGUGGUAAAGCAAAGCCUUUAAAGGCUCCAAAGAAGAAGCAAGUUGAGGAUGAUGAGGAUGAUGCAGCAUUCAAAGCUAAGCAAAGAGCAGAUGCAGCUGCAAAGAAAGCAAUGGCGGAGAAAGCAAAGAAAGGUGGACCUUUAGUUGGAGGUGGUAUCAAAAAGAGUGGAAAGAAAUAA